AUGUCGCGAGACGUUAAAUCAUCGUGGAAACAACUCUUUCUCUUCACAAGACGGUCACACUCCGGUGCUUUAAUCGCUGCAUUGCUUGCGGCUGGCUUCUCAGCAGGCUUCAAAACUGUUCUAUCGGUCAUUCUUGGAAAAGUAUUCGAUAUUAUCGCGGGCUUUGGGAAUGGAUCGCUCAGCGGGGGUGAUGCCCUUUCACAGGUGGGAAGAUGGGCACUUGUCCUUGUAGGACUGGGCGUUGGCAAUUGGAUCGCAAGUACAGCGUUCCUUGCCCUCUGGGUCAUGUUUGGAGAGCUGCAGGCAUGCAGUGUUCGGCAAGGCAUCUUUGCAAGUCUCCUCUCCAAGGACAUGGCCUGGUUCGACUCUCAAUCCGAAGGCAUAUCAAGUCUUCUCAUCAGAAUACAGACACAAACUCGCGAACUGCAACUCGCAUCAUCUCAAGUUCUCGGUCUUCUCGUUGGCGAUAUCAUCACCUCAAUCGCUUCCCUCGGCAUCGCCCUCUACUACUCCUGGAAACUCACCCUCGUUCUCCUCGCCACUCUUCCAAUCUCAGCAAUCGUACUCUCACUCGCUACAAAGCGGCUAGAACCCGCCAUCCAAGCACAGAAGCGUGAACUGGCAGUCGCUUCCAAGUUCGCCGUUGCUUCAAUCACAGCCAUCGAUCUCGUCAAGGUCUUCAACGGAUACGAUCAGGAGGUCUGGCAGUAUUACCCAGCUGCUAAAGCUGCAGCGAAGCAGUACCUGAUCCAAGCGCAAUGCAACGCUCUGCAAAUGGGCUACGUUGCUUUCUGGGUCGUGGCCAUGUUCGUUGUCGGUUUUUGGUACGGCGUUGUGCUCGUCAACAACGACGGUCUUGCCGCUGGCAGUGUUUUGACGACUUUUUAUGCAACACUUGCAGCAUUUCAGGGCAUUGAGGCCUUGAUGCCGCAGUGGUUGGUCCUCGCAAAAGGUAUGUCGGCCGGUAGCUUCCUCUCCAGCAUCACGCGGAAUGUGAGGAACGGCGAAAUCGUCAAGCCAAUGACGGGAGCGUUGCGGCCCCUGAGUUGCAGCGGUGAUAUCGAAUUGAAAUAUGUGAGCUUCGCAUAUCCCUCGAACCCGGCCCAAAAAGUGCUUCGCGAAUCUAGCUUCUUCUUCCCCUCGGGUGAGAUGACCUUUAUUGUGGGAAGAAGCGGCUCUGGGAAGAGUACAUUGGGCGACCUCAUUGUUGGCUUCUAUGAGCCCUUGAGCGGAAAUGUUUAUGUCGACAAUAAACCCCUACAGGUUCUUGACAGACAAUGGGUCUGCGAAAAUAUUACCUUGAUUCAACAGUCCAGUAUCUUAUUCAACGAAAGUUUCUUAGAAAACGUAGCAUUUGGCCACCACGAUCCCGGAAGAGCAACACGGUCCGAAGUAUUGCGAGCCUGUGAUGCAGCAUUAAUGCAGUCGACGAUUUCGGGACUUCCCGAAGGUCUAGAUACCAAUGUCGGCGCUGAUGGAUACAACUUGAGCGGUGGGCAGAAACAGAGAUUAGCACUUGCCAGAGCUCGACUUCGAGACCCUCCAGUGCUGAUCCUUGAUGAGAUUACAAGUGGUCUUGACCAGGUCAGUCGCGUGCUCAUCAUGGAUGCGAUCCGAGCAUGGCGACGGGGCAAGACUACCAUUAUCAUCACACAUGAUGUCGCCCAAAUCGACGCCGAUGACUUCGUCUAUGUGAUGGACAAUGCAUCACUCGUUCAGGAGGGAUUUAGAAAGGAUCUAGAUACGCAAGUUGGUGGCACCUUUGCCACUCUCGCAUCAACCGUAUCAGACGAACCAGACACGCCGAUAGAUAUCACCAUCGACUCUCCCAACCCGCCUCUUUCUCCCCUUUCUCCCAUAUUUCCCCCUCCAGGUAGGACAUCGCGUCUCUCACAGAUAGUCGUCGGAGGAUUGGAGUCUUUCAGUCCAGCCCCAACAAACGCUUCUACACGAUUGACUCUGGGCACAAACACAGCAGCCGCUUUUCGCAUGCGGACAGCUCGGGCUUGGGAGAGGGAAACCCUCACUGUAGCUAUACCCGAACCUGGACCUGUACGAUCACAGUCCGCCACCGACAACCAUCCAAUGGCCAGUUUCUACGACGAGAAGCACGACAGUGCAGUGAGAUCUCACAGCAGUCUGGAUGGUAUGGAAAUAUCAUGCACACUGGUGUCAUUCGACGAACCAGAAUAUCUCUUUGGGGGAGCCGAACGUCCCAAGAGCAUUAGAAGGCUAAGGCAAACCAGGUAUAACGACAAGCUUCAGCCAGAUAAGGUGGAUGAUAAAGACAGCGAGACUAAGGACCUCCCUCCACCAAUGCCUCUAGCUUCAAUAUUGAAGACAGUCUGGCCAGCUUUGGGACGCGGGCAUCGGCUUCUUCUUAUCUUCGGAAUACUGACCUGCCUGGUUGGAGCAGGCUCUAUUCCUGCAUUUGCGUAUUGCUUCGCGCAACUCCUGGGCGCGAUGUGGUCACAAGGUGACAAGCUAGCAGAGGGCAAGAGAUGGGCUAUCUAUCUCAUUGUCAUCGCGGUCAUGGAUGGUGUUUGCACUGGCGGUGGUCGAUAUCUUCUUGAAAUGGUGGGGCAAGCCUGGAUCAACACCAUCCGAGUCGAAGCAUUGAAACGAAUCCUCCGACAACCAAGAGCAUGGUUCGAUCGAUCACGCAACUCUCCUGGCCGUAUCAACGAGUGUCUUGACCGAAACGCCGAAGAGAUGCGCAACAUUGUUGGCAGAUUCUUGCCCAUCAUCAUCACAGUCACCGUCAUGAUCAUUGCUGCUGUUGCUUGGGCGCUCGUCAUCUCCUGGAAACUCACGCUCGUCACUCUCGCGCCGCUGCCUGUCGUUAUGGGCGCAGUCAAAGGCUAUACCAUUAUUAGUGGGAAGUGGGAGGCGCGCUGCAACAAGGGGGCCGAAGAUGCAAGUGCAACUUUGACUGAGAUCUUUGUCAACAUCCGAGUCGUUCGAGCUCUCACUCUAGAAAGAUACAUGGGUGCGAAGUAUAUGAAAGCAGUGAGGCACACCCUGGGCCUGGGGCAGAAGAGGGCAGGGCACACCAGUACAUUGUAUGGACUGUACCAAUCAGUCAACUACCCCCUUACAGCACUUGUGUUCUACUAUGGAACUGUGCUUCUGGCGUCGGAGAGGGCGAUCACAGCAACAGCCGUGGUAGCAGUAGUGAAUCUGCUUCUGUUCAGCAUGGGCACGGCGACGAGUAUUCUUAGUACGAUACCACAAGUCACGAUGGCCCAGUCGACCGCCGCGCAGAUGUUGGGCGAGCCUCGUGGAUACUACAAGCCCAAAACACCGCUCCCAGUUCGACUUGACAAUCUCGGGUUCUCAUAUAAGUUAAGCUCGGAGAGACCAGUCCUGCGAGGAGUGUCAUUUGAGGUGGAUGCUGGAGAUUUUCUAGCGAUUGUUGGUCGGUCAGGCUGCGGCAAGUCGACGGUGAUCUCACUGAUGUUGGGUCUCUGUGCUCCUACCAAAGCCAAGAUCCUCAGCACAAGGCCACCAUUAAGUUUUAAUGGGUAUUCCCAUGCGCACGUCGAUAUGGAGCAUCUCCGUUCGAUGAUGGCUUAUGUGCCACAAACGCCGUUCCUUUUCCCAGCUACCAUUGCAGAGAACAUCGUGUACGGCUUAGGUGAAGUAUCGCCCCUCCGUCAAUUUCCUAGCAUUCUAGCUGCUGCGAGAGCAGCCGGUAUCCACGAGUUCAUCACAACUCUUCCAGAUGGAUACAACACUCGAGUCGGCGAUGGAGGUCAAGCCCUUUCAGGUGGCCAGGCGCAACGUCUCAGCAUCGCGCGCGCACUUGUACGCAAGCCUCGACUUCUUGUGCUGGACGAGCCUACCAGUGCUUUAGAUGCAGAGAGCGCGGAGAUGAUUCGACAUACAAUGCAAAAGAUUGCGAAGAAGUCAAGGCGAGAUAUGGCGAUUGUGGUUGUGACGCAUAGCAAGGAGAUGAUGGCAAUCGCGGAUCGGACUGUUGUCCUGGAGAACGGUGUCAAGGUUGAGGAGGGAACGUAUCAUGAUUUGCUGCAAGCCAGAGGUCCUUUUGCACAAGUGGUUGGAGAUUUGAUAUGGGAGGGCAGCAAGGAAUUUAAUUGA